AUGCUUACCAAGUACCUUCUGCCGGCGCUCUUCGCGGGCUCCGCCGUCGCCGUCAACAACAUCGAGAUCAGCGGCCAAGAUUUCGUCGACUCCAAGACCAACAAGCGCUUCUACGUUAUCGGCGUUGACUACCAGCCCGGUGGCCAGGCCGGCUACAAUGAGGCCUCCGGCGAGGACCCCUUGACCGACGCCGAUGCUUGCUUGCGUGAUGCUGCUAUUAUGCAGCAGCUGGGUAUCAACACCAUCCGUGUCUACAACGUCGAUCCCGAUGGAGACCACGACCAGUGCGCCAGCAUCUUCAACUACGUCGGUAUCUACAUGAUGCUUGACGUCAACUCUCCUCUGGCCGGCGAGAGCAUCGACCGCUCCCAGCCCAGCAACUCGUACAAUGCCGACUACCUGGAGCGUAUCUUCAAGAUGGUUGAGGCCUUCAAGGGCUACCCCAACACCCUUGCCUUCUUCGGCGCCAACGAGCUCAUCAACGACGUUGACUCGUCUGAGAAGAACCCGCCCUACAUUCGCGCUGUCCAGCGUGACCUGAAGGAGUACAUCAAGAACAACGCCGACCGCACCAUCCCUGUCGGCUACUCCGCUGCCCAGGUCCAGGACGUUCUUCAGGACACCUGGGAGUACCUCCAGUGCGCCAUUGACGGCGAUGAGAAUGACAUGUCUCGCUCUGACUUCUUUGGUCUGAACUCGUACUCUUGGUGCGGUGGUGAUGCUACCUUCCAGUCCUCUGGUUACAGCGACCUGGUCGACAUGUUCAAGAACAGCAGCAUUCCCGUCUUCUUCUCCGAGUACGGCUGCAACGAGGUCCAGCCCCGUGUCUUCGACGAGGUCCAGGCUCUGUACGGCGAGAAGAUGACCUCCCUCUCCGGCGGUCUCGUCUACGAGUACACCCAGGAGGAGGCCGACUACGGUCUCGUUGUCAUCAACGACAACGAUACUAUCACCCUGAGGACCGACUUCGACAACCUCCAGAAGCAGUUCAACAAGCUUGACAUCUCCUUGAUCCAGUCCCAGAACGAGACCGGCACCUCGAUCACUCCUCCCAAGUGCGCUAAGAGCCUCAUCUCCGACGACACGUUCGGCGCCGACUGGGACAUCCCCUCGACCCCCUCCAAGGCUGCCAGCUGGAUCAAGAACGGUCUCGACAACCCCAACCAGGGCAAGAUUGUUGACGUUAAGGCCACGGCUGUUCCUGUCGCCAUCUACGGCACCGACGGCAGCGAGAUCAGCAACCUCAAGAUCACCAAGGUCGCUGAUGGCGAGAGCAACACCCCUAGCGGCAGCGAGCUCAGCUCGGGCUCCACCACCAGUGGCAGCAACUCUUCUUCCACCAGCUCGGGCUCCUCGUCCAGCAGCACCGCUGAGGGCGCUGCCGGCAAGGUCGGCGUCAAGAGCACCAGCGCUCUCGUCUUCGCUGCUGUUCUUGCUAUCAUGCUCUGCUAG